AUGUUUGAAGUCGCCACAAUUUCAAAUGGUGUACGACGAGUUCUUAACGCAGAAGUGUCAGGAAAAUGUCAAUUUUCAGUUCUGGUGAAACUAUAUGGAGAUGAUAUUUAUCCUACUCGAUUUUACCCGUGCGCAGCGGGAGGGAGAUUGGGAGUUGUAUCUAGACAGCUUCCGUGCCAUGCUUCCAUACUUUUUCAGGUACGACCACCUGAAUUAUGCCAAGUGGAGGUCGGUAUUUAUCGCCGAGAUGGAACAAUUGCCGCAUGAAGUGUUACGGGAGUUUAAGAAGGGUAACUUCGUUGUAAAGUAGAAAGAGGGCGCUUUCAAUGAAGUAAGCGCUGACCACAGCCUCGAGUGGUUGAACAGCAUUGGUAAACGAGGAGGUGGUAUUGUUGGUAUAACUAAGACAUCUUCAGCCUUGAGCAGGUGCGUUAACGCUUUUAAUAAAUACAUUUUAUAUUCAGUUCCUUAUUUCAAGUGUCCAAAUAAUGCUAAAUCGGGCGCAAACAUGCAGCCUUAAUCGGCCAGUUACUUAUUUGGAUAACUGGUUAUUUGUGUAGUACAAAACCGGUUUGAGAUCGAUACUCACGUGUGCACUAUUUAAUAAAGUGUCAAAAUACGGAACAACUUGUAAAGUAUUUACAUACUACCUACAAUUAUAUAUUUACCAAAUUAAUGGUGUAAAAUUUAUUAUUUUCUACUUCCAAGGUGGGCUCUGUCUUAUAAUUUGCGGUCGGAGAUUGCUGAGAAAACUCAUGAGAUGUUUGGCCUAGUUCAAGAGGAUACGUAUUCUUACAACGAAUCUGCGCCUGCAAGGAUUGUUCGCGACAAUAAGGAUGAAGAAUCACUCAUUUCCGUCUUCGAGCAGCAUCAUGUGUUUUCACCAACAUCCCAUCCAGAAUGUCUUUUUAGCAUCGCUAUGAAAGAUUUGGCCACCGUCGAGAUUCAGGAAUCACUGUUAGGCGCGAAAGAUAUGGGACAGAAACAAGUUAAAGACUUUGUACAGCAAAGGUUGACUGAACCACUUCAACAACAACCUAAUAACUUAACAAAUACCCGAUUCCUACAAUCAUGA